AUGCUUAAUAUAAGACAUUUAAAGUUAAAGAUCCUCCUCACCACCUACAAAGCCCUAAACAACCUUGCCCCUUCAUACCUGACAGAUCUCCUCCAUCGCCCCAUUCACCCCCACCGAACACGCUCCUCUGACGCCAACACCCUCACCACCCUCACCACCAUCACCAGGACCAAAUACCGCACCAUAGGGGACAGAGCUUUUGCCAUUGCUGCCCCUACCGUCUUGAACUCCAUCCCCCUGGCCAUCCGAAACUCCGACUCACUGCCGUCUUUCAAAAUGUCUGAGCUGAGAGUUGUUCUGCUGGGGAACAGCUGGUCUGAGAGGAGUUCAGUGGGGAACUUACUGAAAGAGACUGGUUUCAACAUUGAGGAAGAACUAGAUCGCUGUCUUACAGUCAGAGGACCGUUGGGGAAGAAAGAAAUGGUUCUCAUCAACACUCCAGAUCUGCUCCAUCCCAACAUCUCUGAACACAAACUGACAGACCAUGUAGAAAACUGUGUGAGACUCUGUGAUCCUGGACCUCAUGUGUUCCUGCUGGUUCUACAGACUGAAGACUUCACUGAGGAACAAAAACUGAGACUCUGCAGAGUCCUUCAACUCUUUGGUGAUCAAUCAUUUGAUCAUUCAUUGGUUCUGAUAUCGACACCUCAAGAACAGAGUCCGGGUUUCAUGGAAAAUUCUAUGCAACAUCCCCCCUUAAAAGAUAUAAUCAGAAUGUGUCAAUACAGGUUUUUGUGGCAGAAGAACCUUGAACGCCCAGAGCUGUUAACACGCUUGGGUCAAAUUGUAAAAGAGAACAAUGGAAAGCAUGUGAGUUGUUGUGACGUUAUCAUGAGACCAAAGUCUGAACACAUGAAACCAGCUCUAAACGUGGUUCUGUGUGGGAGGAGAGGAGCAGGGAAGACCUCAGCAGCCAAGGCCAUUUUAGGUCAGACAGAGCUUCAUUCAGUCUCCAGCUCAGAGUGUGUUAAACAUCAGGGAGAGGUGUGUGGACGUUGGGUUUCCCUGGUGGAGCUGCCUGCAUUGAAUGGAAAACCUCAGGAGGAAGUGAUGGAGGAAUCAAUCAGGUGUAUCUCCCUCUGUGAUCCUGAGGGCGUCCAUGCCUUCAUCCUGGUCCUUCCUGUGGGUCCCCUCACUGAUGAAGACAAGGGAGAGUUUGAGACCAUCCAGAACACUUUCAGCUCUCGAGUCAAUGACUUCACCAUGAUUCUGUUCACUGUGGAGUCAGAUCCUACAGCUCCAGAUGUUGUUAACAUUAUAAAGAAAGAUAAUGGCAUCCAGGAGCUCCGUCAGAGCUGUGGAGGAAGACAGUUUGUCCUCAACAUCAGGGACCAGCAGCAGAUCCCAGAGCUGUUGGAUGCUGUAGAAAAGAUGAGAGUUGAAGGAUCCAGAUGCUUCACAAUGAAGAUGUUCACCAAGGCUCAAGUGGAGAAGGUUACAAGACUUAGAGCCGAACUGCAGGAUGUGAAACAGAGUGUAAUAGGAGGAGAUGAUCAACAUCAGAGCAGCGAGCCUCUCAGGAUAGUGCUGAUUGGAAAGACUGGCAAUGGUAAGAGUGCGACUGGAAACACCAUUUUGGGCAAAGAACACUUUCAAUCUAAGGUCAGCAUCAGUUCAGUCACCAAGUUUUGCGAGAAAGCAACUGGAGAGAUUGAUGGGCGGCCUGUAGCUGUGGUCGACACUCCCGGCUUGUUCGACACAAAUCUAUCCAAUGAUGACGUUCAACAGGAGCUGGUGAAAUGCAUCAGCAUGUUGUCUCCUGGACCUCAUGUGUUCCUACUGGUGCUGCGGAUUGAUCGCUUCACACAAGAGGAAAAAGACUCUGUGGAACUGAUCAAGAAAUGCUUCGGCAAGAAUUCAGGAGAUUUUAUCAUCAUUAUAUUCACCAGAGGAGAUAACCUGAAGAAUCAAACAUUUGAGAGUUACAUAAAAGAAGACCAUAUAGGCUAUUUGACAAAACUGAUACAUGACUGUGGAGAAAGAUAUCAGGUCUUCAAUAACAACAAUCAGACAGACCGCACACAAGUCAGGGAACUGAUGAAGAUGUCCUACAAGAUGCUGAAGGAAAAUGGCGACAGCUUCUACACCUCAGAGAUGUUUCAAGAGGCCGAGGAAGCCAUACAGAAGGAGGUGGACAGGAUCCUGAAGGAGAAAGAAGAAGAAAUGCAGAAACAGAAGGAGGAGCUGCAAAGGAAACAUGAGGAGGAAAUGGAAGCAGUGAAGAGAAGAAUGGAACAACAAAGGUCAGAAAUUGAACAAGAGAGAGCCAGACAACUUAAAGAAAUGGAGAAUAACAUCAACAAGGAGCGUGAGGAGAGAAAGAAAGAACUGGAAAAGAGAAAAGAAGAAAAAAGAGACAAGCAAAGCCAGGAAGAACUUCAACAACAAGAGUGGGAGCAAAAACUUGCAGCUCUGGAAAAAAAAAUAAAGUCAGAAUCAAAGGAGAAGGAAACCAUUGAUAGAGAGUUGGAGCAGAGCAAAGAAGAGCUUAGAAAGCAACGAGAGGACUGGGAAAAGAAACAAAAAGAAUGGUGGGACAAACGAAAUCAAGAAGAUGAUCAGAAACGACAGGAGGAGAAAAGAAGAAUAACAAAGCUACAAGAAGAAUACGAGCAGGAAAGAGACAAACAUGAAAAGAAAAGAAAAGAAGAAGAUCGAAUCAGAAGGGAACAGGAGGAGAAGGAGAGAAAAGAUCUGGAGGAAAACUAUAAGAAGAAACUGGAGGAAAUGAAGAAGAAAUAUGAAGAGGAGGCCAGAAAACAAGCUGAAGAGUUCAACGAGUUCAGAAGGAAAUACACCAAGGACUUUGAAGCUUUGGUCGAAAAGCACAUGGAAGAAAUCCAGGAAUUGAAGCAAAAGCAUGUUGGCAGACUGGCUGACACUCCUCAGGCUGCUGCAACAGGCCCGAACCAGCCGGAGAAUGUGGACAAUGUGUGUGCUGCCUGGCUGCAGGGCGCUGAUCUCAGAACUUCUGCACCUUUCGGGGACAUGUGUCACAAUCUGCAGAGUUCAGCAGAGAACCGAACUCUGCAGCUGAAAGUAAGUCCUUACAAGGACACGAUGGAGAGCAGCAGGAGGGGGCGGGGUCACACCUGUGAGGACGCAGGCCACGCCCCCUGA